AUGCAUCCUAAAAAUGGCCAGCAUUCAGUUCGGCCAGCUCUGAGGUAUACGCCAGCAGCGAGAAAUAUCGAUACCGGAAAGAACAUGGCCGAACCGUUUGAAGAUCAGAACUUCUAUGUGGUGUCAAUAGAUGAGAUGGGCACACCUGCGACUGAAACAUUUCAUAUUUAUCUUUUGGCCCAUCUGGCGAGACGAGGACUUAGCGCCCUGGUAAUGAAGUUACCAUUCUUAACCUUCAUACAUCCUUUCACCAAAAUAUUUUCGGUUCAUGUGGCUACCUCCGCCUUCCCCUUGUACUAUCCUGCCGCCAACGAGUUCGGUAUUAUCCUCCACAGAAGUGCUACGAUACUCGCCGCAUCGCAUAUCGGCUCUAUCGAAGCCUAUAUCGUAUUCGGUGUCUUCUAUUUGCUCCGUGAGGCUGAGUUAACGCUGCUCGCAAUGGUGAAAGGCAUACAGCUUUUGUUCAAGAUUACCUGUUACAUCGACCCGAAGUCUGAUUGUGAACCUGUCCGAGAGCUAAAACUACUGACCCCGGCCUACCACCGCAAUUCCGAUGUGAACUACAACCUGUGGGUUACACGAAUCCAAGAAGGAUUGGCUAAGCAUCGGCUGUUCUACAAUAAGACUCAGCAGAACAUUAUGCAUUCUUCCCGAAUAGCGCGCGAUCCUUCGACGAGUCCUCGGGCAGAUUUUUAUUGCAUGCGGCGACCAUGGGUUCGUACCCAUCCCGGCAUUUCGGUGGAAAUGAUGCGGUCCUUUGUACCUGCUAGGAACAGGUUCUCGCAAGAGCUAAUCUCGUUCGGUGGACUCGUUCGUGGUGCAUUGCCCGUUUCAUACCGGUUAUAUGGUACAGAACUACCUCACUUGCUUCUUACCACGGACGACAGCACGACUAAAACCUGUUGGCAUACAACUGCACCUCGUUACCAAGACAUGAGAACUGACCGAGACCGUUCAAGGGCAAUUUUCUGUGAUGGGAAACGUUUGACGGGAGUGUGGGACGAUUUCAACGACUAUUAUUCGGACGAAGAAGACCAGAAAUAUGAGAGCACUCUACCCGAGGUCACACUCUCUGCCUACGACGAGACCGGCCGAGCAGAAAGCAUUCCAGUGCUGAAGCAACGGGCCUACACUGGUAGAGUAUUACCAUCCGCUGUCGCCGACACUCCCUGCGCCGACCUAGGUGUCGAUGGAAUGUUGGAGAAGCUCAACGCGCCAUCCCGCACUCCGGACAGCCCCUUAUACAAGGCGUGCGAAGACUUUGUCACAGAAAAUUGCGACUUUGGCACUGCCUACGCUCAUUUGGGCCAUCUGUGUCGCAUCAUCGAUAACGGAGAUGUCAGCGAUGCCAUGAAGGCACGGGAGGACGACGACGAGAUGCGACAGAAUAUGCUUAACAGUAAGAAGACCGUCGACAGGAAUGCACCCCCUCGGAGGUGGGUUGCUCGCAUCAAAUUCCCGCGGACGAUAUCGCAUGCUUGGGUGGACGAUAACGAUAACGAUCUCAAAGGAGAGAUGACACCCAUAAAUGGAUACGAAUGGCCGGUGCCAAUGCCGAAGGAUGUGGAUCUUAAUCUGAUCAGGAUCGAGAUGCUGAACUUCGACGCGGAUUAUGUGUGGUUGGACAUUCUGUGUUUGAGGCAGAAGGGUCAGGGCGAUGACCCAAGUGGUAACCCUAGCCAGGAGGAGUGGGACCGUAGGGAGGCUCUGCGCAAGAAGGAGUGGAAAUUAUAUGACAGGGCUACGGUGGUGUGCUACUUCAGCGGGCUGGGUCUGCCGCUGAGUUUCAAAGACGGCGACUUCGAAAGCGAUUGGUGUUGGUUCAAUCGAGCGUGGACACUCCAGGAGAUCGGUGAUAUUUUGCUCAUUGGAAAGGAGAUCCGUGACGAAUGA